AUGCAGCCGCAGCAACCUGGGCAACCGUUCGAUCCAAUGUAUCAGGGCGUUCCGAUGGGAGUGAAUAAUGUUCCCGGCCAAACGCAACCACUGAUGCGUUACCCCCAAAGCGCGAUGGCUUCACCUUCGUACCCGAUGCCUGCCAAUGCUCGUCCUCCAGGUAUGAUGCCGUCGCCGGGAUAUCCCCAAAUGUAUCGUGCUGGUGCUCCAAUCCUCUAUGGGCAAGUACAGCAACAACCUGCCCAACAUCAGCAGGUGGUCUCAUACCCGAAUCCAAACGCUCCGCCGGAUGGAAGGUAUAACGUACCGUACGCCUCCGACGGAAUGCCCCCUGUGAUCUUGCCAAAGGAAGUGAUAAUGCGACCUUUUGGCCUGGAGCACAACAUGAACCACCACACCUUUACAUUCAAUCUUCGACCGGAAAUUAUACAACAGUUACAAUCGCCUUUCAUUGACAUUCAACUGAAAAGUUUCCAUAAGGACGACAAGAAGAUGGCCACCCAGUGGCCUCCAAAGCAAGCGCCCAACGGACAGUCUGUUCCUGGAACGAUUCCCGAAUGUAGUAUUCAGGUGUUAAUAAAUGGUCAAGUGCUGCCGAUUCCUGAUCUCAGCCGGUCGCUGUUCAUCAAGCAAGUUGCAGUUCCCGGGCCCAAUACAAUCGAGUUCAAUGUGAACCAAUGUGUUUGCUCGCACUCAUUCAUCAUGCAAUUGGUUGUUCGACAACCAUUGGCGAAAGUCACGCAGGAUAUUUUCGCCCGAACCCAAGGCUGUACUGCGGAAAUGUGUCGCGAUAAACUGUUGAAAUUUGCACCGCCUUCUGGUCUACGACUGCCACUGGUGUGUGAACUAACGCACCGUAGAAUGGCUAUUCCUGCUCGAUCCACACGUUGCGCCCAUGCAGCCUGCUUCGAUUUGGAGCCCUUCAUUAUGCAGCAGAACGAGAACUCACUCUAUGAGUGUCACCUCUGCAGGUGGGUGCCAUCCUGA